GAUACCUUAUCUCAAUUCUCACCACACCGCGUUGUCUUCUACUCCAUCUCUAUCUCCCGCGCCUCCCAACUCUCUUUCUCUCGAUUAUAUUAUCUUAAAAGAACCUCCUUUACUCCUAUCGAACUACCUCGUCCACAAAGUUUUCUAUAGUUAUAUUCGAAAGGGGGGACUUGCUGGAAACCCCAUCGAAUCGUUGCGUGCUUCAACGCCGCACCAAUUGACGACGAAGUCGGGGGUUUUUUUAUUUAUGGCGCUGAUUUUGAAUGCCCUAAUGGAGAUAAUGAGGAUGCCGACGAUUGGGGGAGUUUUAUUGGAGUUGGCUUUUCUUGCUACGCCUCUUUGGGUCGCAGUCUUCGUGGGGCUUGUUGUUGGAUGGGCGUGGAGGCCGAGGUGGGCGGCUGGUUUGGUCGGUGGAGGUAAGGGGAAUUCUGAUGAUGAAAUGAAUGUUAAUGAGAGCAAAGAUGCGUUCUAUGGUUUGCAGCUGGCGGUUCCGAGGUUGGAUUGGCUUAGGGCUCAAUUGCCGAGCUAUGUUACUUAUUUGAUACCCGAACAGGGCUCUGAGAAGAAGAAGAGCGAUGUUGAUUUGGGCUCUCCGUCACAAGAAAAUAAGAAUUUGGCGGUGACAUUGGAGGAUUUUCAGAACCUAUUUGCUCUUGUUGAAACAACAGAUGGCGGACCAGCUUGGAUUCACAUGAUGGAUAAGAGCUUGCCGAGCUUGAGCUACCAAGCUUGGCGCAGAGACCUUGAGAAAGGUCCUCCACAAUAUCGCAGCAGAACUGUUUUUGAUGAUGCAAAGCCUGAAACUGUGAGGGACUUCUUUUGGGAUGAUGAGUUUCGGAUGAAGAACAAAUGGGAUGACAUGCUUCUGUAUCAUGAGACUUUGGAGGAAUGUCCUGUUACAGGGACAAUGUUAGUUCAUUGGAUUAGAAAGUUCCCCUUCUUCUGUAGUGACAGAGAGUACACUAUUGGCCGUAGGAUAUGGGAAGUAGAUGGGGCUUAUUACUGUGUCACUAAGGGUGUGCCAUACUCCUCAAUACCUCGCCGAAAGAAACCCAGGCGAGUGGACCUUUAUUACUCCAGCUGGUGCAUUCGUGCAGUCGAAUCGAGGCGAGGAGAUGGUCAGAUGACCGCCUGCGAGGUUCUUCUCUUCCAUUAUGAAGACAUGGGCAUACCCUGGGAAAUCGCAAAGCUCGGUGUUCGACAAGGUAUGUGGGGCUGUGUCAAAAAAAUCGAACCUGGACUCCGCGCAUACCAAGCGGCGAGGAAAUCCGGCGAACCGCUUUCCCCCUGCUCCAUGAUGGCCCAGAUUAAUACCAAGGUUACUUCUUCCUACCUUAAGUCUUUGGGAGAUUACAGUGAUCAAUGUGACGACAUAGUGGAAGCUGAGAAGAAACCAUGGGGGAGCAAUAUUCCCAAGUUUGUUCUCAUCGGCGGAGCUCUGGCCCUCGCAUGCACAGUUGAUCGCGGGCUGAUCACCAAAGCCAUCAUCUUUGGUGCUGUGAGGAGAUUUGCGAAGAUUGGGAGGCGAUUGUGAUCUGGAUUCUGGAAGAUGGAUUGAUUGCAGAGAUCGUCCGCUGCUUCUUCUGAUGUAAUUAAAAUGUUAUUGUAUGAUUCAAAGAGCUACUCCAUUUGCCAUUUGCAGAGGGUUUAGUGAGCAGGAAUUUUGUGAUUCAUCAGAAAGGCAGAAAUGACUAUUAACUGAAUCUCUGUGAUCAUCAAUCCUACUUUAUUUUUCCUCAUAGAAUCUACAUUCAAAUUUAAUACA